AUGCCUCCCGUCUACGUCAAGCCCGAGAACGCGCUGAGGCGCGCAGAGGAGCUCCUUGCUCUCAACACGUCCCAGUCGCAGGCUCAGGCCUUUGAGUUCCUCUCCGAGGUGUUCCUUGCUCGCCGCUUCAGAAAUGCGCCGAUCCCGACCCUCGAGCCCAUCGUCAUCAAAUACCUCGACCUCUGCGUUGCGCUGCAGCGCAAGAGUGAUGCGCGCGAGGUGCUCGUGCAGUACAAGAACACUGCGCAAAAUGUGAAUGUUGCGUCGAUCGAGAAGGUGCUCCUGCACUUUAUCGACAAGGCUGAGGCACGCCUCGCCGAUGCGAUGGUCAAGGCGGAGAAGGAGAUUGCAGCUCUCGGCGGCGGCGCGGCUGAGGAGCAGGACGACGACCUUCGCCUCCAACCCGUGACUAUGCUGUACGACUCGUUCCUCGAGAGCGCGGGCGAUCGUGAGCGCAUUGAGCGCCGCCUCGUCCACCCUGCCCAAAAGUUCACGUACGACGCGUACGACGUGUCACUCGACAUUGCCAAGGGCAACGACCGCCUCGAGCUCGUCUACCAGCAGAUUGCCAACCGCGCCUUUGCGUUCUGCAAGCAGCACCAGCGUAAGAGCGACUUCCGCCGCCUCUGCGAACAGCGUCUCCGCAAGGACCUCCAGAACGCUACCAAGUACUCGCACCAGGCGCACUCGAUCAACCUCGCCGACCCCGAGACCUUGUCACGCCACCUCGACACGCGCUUCCUGCAGCUCGAGACCGCCGUUGAGCUCGAGCUCUGGCAGGAGGCCUUCCGCUCGAUCCAGGACGUGCACGACCUCGUUGCCGGCAAGAAGGGCGCCAAGCCCUCGAUGAUGGCCAACUACUACGAGAAGCUCACUCAGAUCUUCAACGCCGAAGGCGGCAAGCAGGUCGCCGUCUUCCACGCUGCCGCCUGGAGCCGCUACUACCAGUACGCUGAGCGUGCGGGCUCCGUCAAGGAGAACGCCCCUGCUGCUGUCCUGCUCUCGGCCCUUGCUGUGCCUCUUGGCGACGUCGAGACCAAGCAGCGUCUCAUCGCCCUCCUCAACCUCCCCAAGAUGCCCACGCGUGAGGCCCUCGUCCAGGAUGCCGCUGCCAAGCACCUUAAGCGCGUCCCCGCCGAGGUCCGCCAGCUCUAUAACAUCAUUGAGACCGACUUCCAGCCCCUUAAGGCCUGCAAGCAGCUUGCUCCCAUUGUUGCCAACCUCUCGGCCGACUACGCCGCUUACCUCCCCGCUCUCCGUGACGUUGUGCUCUCGCGUCUCAUCCAGGAGCUCUCGCGUGUGUACGAGACCGUCUCGCUCUCGCACAUCCUCUCGCUCGUUAAGGCGUUCGACAACGGGCCCUGGGCGACUGACAUGCCCGCCCUCGAGAAGUUCCUCAUGACUGCCUCGCGCCGCGGCGACAUCAACGCCACGGUCGACCACGUCGCCAAGACGGUCAACUUCGCCGCCCCUGGCGCCGACCUCCACCGUCUCUCCAACCUCGCUCUGUACCUCCACACUGCGCUCAACUACCUGAACCCGGUGCCUUCGGUAGCCCGCGAGGAGGCCUACUCUGCGGCGCUCGCGGACGCCGAGGAGGAGCGCAAGCGCACGGAGCACCGGCGCCUUAUUGUGCAGAAGCGUCGCGAGCUCAUGGAGGAGGCGAGCCUCCGCCGCGAGCGCGAGGAGUCGACUGCCAAGGCUGAGCGCGCCAAGCAGCUUGCCGAGGAAACUGCACGCCGCGAGAAGGAGGCUGCGCGCCAGGCCGACAUGGACCGCCUGCAGCGCCAGAUGGAGGCAACUCGCCGCGACGAGGCGCGCAAGCUCGCCGAGCAGCUGGCGCAGAAGGGCCACCUCAAGGUCGACAUCUCGACGAUGAAGGACGAGGAGCUCGACACGUCCAAGAUUGUCGCGAUGCAGGUCGAGCACAUUGCCAAGGAGAAGCGCGAGCUCAACGAGCGCCUCCGCAUCAUCGGCAAGCGCAUGGACCACCUCGAGCGUGCGUACCGCAAGGAGGAGCGUCCUCUUCUGGCGGGCGACUACGAGCGUCAGAAGACCGAGGACCGUUCUGCGCACGACCGCGCGAACAAGUCGGCGCGUGAUGCAGCUAUCGCUCAGCAGGCCGCUAUGCGCGAGCUUAAGGGCCGUCUUGGCCGUAUGAUGCCCGACUACCUCGUCGCGCGCCGUGCCGUCGAGUCACAGCAGGAGAGAGAGUUCGAGGCUGCUCGCAAGGCUGCGGCCGCCAAGGUUGUCGAGGAGAAAAAGAUGUUCGCGGCCGCGGUGCUCGCGCGCCACUGGGCCGAGAAGGAGGCCCGCGAGGCGGAGGAGGAGGCGGAGCGUGCGGCCGAGGAGGAGGCCCAGCGCAGAGCCGAGGAGGAGGAGCGCCUCAUUAAGGAGCGCGAGGAGAAGGAGGCCAAGGCCAAAGCCGAGAUCGAGGCUCGGCGGAAGGAGCAGGAGGCGAAGGCGGCUGAGGCACGCGCCGAGCGCGAGAGGCAGCGCGAGCGGGAUGCCGAAGUGCUCCGCCUCCGCCAGCAGCGCGAGGAGGAGGCCGAGGCACGCCGCCGCGAGCGCUCGGGCGCUGGUGCUCAGCGUGCCCCUGCUGCGACUACCGCGCCGGCUUCGAGCACCCGCCCGCCCGUCUUUGCUGCGCGUGGUGCUGCGGCUGGCGGUGGCGGCGGCGGCGGCUGGCGCGAGCGCGCUGCGGCCAAGGAGGCGGCUUCCCGCCAGGGUGGUGCGCCUGCUGCGGCGAAUGGGUCGCCCGGCGGCUCGCCCCGCAUCGGCUCCCCUGCCACUCCUGGGUCGCCCGGCUCGACGGCGCCAGCGGAGGAGAAGCCUGGUGUCUGGCGUCGCGGGCAGGGCCCGCCGCCCCGUGGUGGUGGUGCGACUCGUGGCGGGACGCCCCGUGGCGGCGGCCCACGGUGGUAA